GCUGGGAGGGAGGGGGCGCAGCUCGUGGGACACUCCCUGAGACCCCAUGUAAACCCCGUCCCUUCAGCCCUGCUCCCCGGGUGUCAGCAGACACUGCCCCCUACCCGCCCCCCACCAGCUCCCUGGCCAUUGCAGGGUGUGGACCCUUGCAUGUCCUUGCUUCUGGGGACGGCGGUGGUCCACCACUGUGUUGUAACCCUGGAGGACUCCUGGGACCCUCAGGGCUGGGCGCCGGGGCCCUGGGGCCCAUCUGCGUGUCGGUGGAGGCGGGACUGUGGUGUUGGCCCGAGAUACUGGAGGCGGAGCUCUUACCGGUGACCAGCGGGAAAUCCCGAGGCAGCAGCUCGCUGCGAGCUCGGUCACCUGCUUGGGCAUGUCCGGGGCCCGUGUCAGGGUGCAGAGUCCUGGGGUGUGUCCGAGACCUUCAGACAAACUUCUGACAGGCUCUCACUGGAGUCUCAGAAGCACCGCCUUGGGGUUUCAGAAGCCAUGGGAGUCCAGGAAGUAGAAAGAAGAAGCUGGUGAGCUUGCUGGGUUCUGGUGUCUGAGACUUCCGCCCCGGGAUUCGGGGGACGCCAGUCCCAGAAAUAAACACAGGAGGAAAGAAGAACAGCCGGGCGCAUCUGACUGUGGUAGUUCCCCUUGCUGAGCGAGGCCCAGGCCUGUGCUGAAAUCACGGUACAGCGUCCCCUUCGGUCUCCUGCAGGGCCGUCGGGGGCCUGGGCAGUAUGGCGCUCUCCGGCCUGGAGGUGGAGAAGCAGGUGCCGGCGGAUCCCAGGCCGGGCCACAAGCUGCAGUCCUGGUGGAGCCUGGCGUUCUGCCUCUGCUUCUACGGCUUCAUGUCCCAGAUGCGGCCCGGGGAGAGCUUCAUCACGCCCUACCUCCUGGGCCCCGACAAGAACUUCACGCAGAAGCAGGUCACCAACGAGAUCACGCCGGUGCUGUCUUACUCCUACCUGGCAGUGCUGGUGCCCGUCUUCCUGCUGACCGACUACCUGCGCUACAAGCCGGUGCUGCUGCUGCAGGGCCUGAGCUACGUGUCCGUGUGGCUCCUGCUGCUGUUCGGCUCGUCUGUGCUGCACAUGCAGUUCAUGGAGUUCUUCUUCAGCAUCACCAUGGCGGCCCGCAUCGCCUACUCCUCCUACAUCUUCUCACUGGUGCCCCCCGCCUGCUACCAGCGCAUGGCCGGCUACUCGCGGGCCUCCGUGCUGCUGGGCGUCUUCACCAGCUCGGUGCUGGGCCAGCUGCUGGUCACGGUGGGCAGGAUCCCCUUCUCCACGCUCAACUACAUCUCGCUGGCUUUCCUCGCCUUCAGCCUGGUCCUCACGCUCUUCCUGAAGCGCCCCAAGCGCAGCCUCUUCUUCAACCGCGGAGCGCCCGCCUGUGCCGGGGCCUCGCCCUCCGAGCUGGACCGGAUGAACCUGGGCCAAGUUCAGCCCACGGGUGGGAAGCCGGGCCAGCUGCUGGCCUCCUGGCGGGACUCGGCGCUCGCGCACAUGCUCCGCGAGCUGGGCCACACCGCGCGGCUGCCGCAGCUGCGCCUCUGGUCCCUCUGGUGGGUCUUCAACUCCGCCGGCUACUACCUGAUCGUCUACUACGUGCACAUCCUGUGGAACGUGGUCAACCCCACCACGGACACCACAAGGGUCUACAACGGUGGGGCAGAUGCCGCCUCCACUCUGCUCGGUGCCAUCACCUCCUUUGCCGCCGGCUUCGUGAGGAUCCGUUGGGCGCUGUGGGCUAAGCUGAUCAUCGCGGUGGUGACGGUGCUGCAGGCUGGGCUCAUCUUCCUCAUGUACAAGACUAGCAACAUCUGGCUGUGCUACUCGGCCUUCGUGCUCUUCCGUGGCUCCCACCAGCUCCUGGUGCCCAUUGCCACUUUUCAGAUCGCGUCUUCUCUUUCUCAAGAGCUCCGCGCCCUCGUCUUCGGAGUCAACACGUUCCUCGCCACUGUUCUCAAGACCAUCAUCACCCUCGUUGUCUCCGACAAGCGGGGCCUGGGCCUCCCAGUCCACUCUCAGUUCCUCAUCUACUUUGUGUACUUCCUGGUGCUGUUUGUCGCCUAUGUCCUUGCGGCCUUGCUGUCGGGCCUGCGCCACUUCCGACAGGGCCGCCACCAGCCCCUGCCGCCGGCCCAGGAGCUGAUGAGCCCGGUGCAGGAGCAGGCCGUGCAGGACAGGCCCGCCCCAGAGGACGGCGUGUGGGCCGUGGGGGAGCAGCCCGAGGCCAAGGCCUGACCCUGCCUGGCCUGCUCUCCUGGCCGGUGAGCGGCCAGGUUCCUGACGCCAGAGGCAGCCGAGCCUGGGCCUUGACCUCAGAGCUGACACGUCCCCAGCAGCUGCCUGUCAUCUGGGUGUCAGCGGACGGGUUUCCAGCAUCGUCCACAUCGUCAGAUUGUGGCGCUGGUGACUGACGGGACCCCGGUGCUCUGUCCCCGAGACCCAUGCCUCAGGGGCCUCCAGCCUCCGCAGGGGUCCUUGGCUCACCUCGAGCAGGGCACCCCUCAGCCCUGCUUCACGCCCUGGCCAUGACCCGCGGCCUCCCGGGGACGCCCAGGCAGCUGCCCGGCCACCGGGGGCUGGUUUGCUGUCCCUGCCUACACGUGGCCAGUGGGGGGUCCACGUGCCCGCCAGACCUCUCUGCUUUCACCCCCUUGUCCCGGGGAAAUGGCAAGGUGGUCCCAGACGCGAGCCCGGGGGACCCGGUGCCCACGGGGUGUCCCGGGCCCUGGGGGUGGGGGCCGUGUUCCGGAGCCUGUGGCUGAACUGUGACAUCUGCAGUUGUCCAGGUACUUUCGUUGUAAACGAUGCUCUGUUCCUUUUUUAAAAAAACUGACAAAAAUGA